AUUCGAGAUGUCGCGAUUCAUAGCGUCGACUAACAUCCGGCCACGUUAAAAUAGAUUAUUUGAAGUAAAUUUUGUCUGGGAGUCGACUAUUCCGUCGCAAAUACGAUUUGCUGAGAGAAUUGUAGUUCGUAGAAGGUGUGUGUAAAUGUGUGUUUAAUAAUAAUUAGAUAAAUUAAAUGAAACGGAGAAUGGAUUACUGGUCGACAUGGAUGCUUAUUGUUUCAAUACUUUUUCACACUGUUUUACUUACGGGUGGCGUCGAGUUAAGCUUCGAAUUGUCUGAUAAUGCAAAAGAAUGUUUUUAUCAAGAAAUUGAAAAGAAUGUUUCUUCGACGCUUGAAUUUCAGGUUGUGACCGGUGGCCAAUAUGAUGUAGAUGUUACAUUAGAGGCACCGAACAAAGAAAUCAUUUAUAAACAAGUAAAAACACAAUUUGACUCUCAUCCAUUCGUACCAACUAUGUCAGGAGUAUAUAAAGUAUGUUUUAGUAAUGAGUUUUCUACGUUCUCUCAUAAGCUUGUAUAUAUGGAUUUCCAAGUUGGAAAUGAAUUACCACUUCCCGGUCUUGGAGAACAUGUCACUGUUAUGACUCAAAUGGAGUCAUCGGCACAAGUAGUGCAUGAAAAUCUAAAUAAUAUUCUUGAUUACCAAACGCAUCAUCGAUUAAGAGAAGCUCAAGGCCGUAAACGAGCUGAAGAUUUAAAUGAACGGGUCUUAUGGUGGUCCUUGAUGGAAACCGUUGCUAUUAUUGUUAUUUUUAUAGGACAAGUGUACAUUCUCAAGAACCUCUUCACAGAAAGGAAACCCUACCAAAGGAUUUAGCAAGAUGUAAGAAAUUUUUGUUACUUGUGGCUGAAAUAAAAAGGCAACAUAUCCAUCUAAAUAAUCUGGUCAGUGGUGAUACACACUCGAGAACUUUGGAUGUUGUCAUGAUUGUUA